AAGGCAGGUACGAUAGCGUUCUGAGGCUGCAGUUAGCUGCAGGUUACAGGGGUCCAACAGCCUAUCCUCGAAAGGUGCCAAUCCCCGGGUGAAAGAGGCCAGGUUGAACUUCCCAGCGGAGCAAGUAUUUUACAAAACCGCCCAGUCUCAGUGUCUGUUUUUUCCUUUCUUCAAUUCUUCAUUGUAUUCCGUAACUCGGUAUCUGGAGCUGCUCAGCUCUGUCUUGGGAUUUUGAGGGGCUCGAGAAAGCUUUGGCAGAGUGACAAUGUGGUUUUCCAGAGCGCUGUCGGCUUUGGGGCUGGCAGCAUGUGCUCUUGCUGCCGUACACGAGCAGACCACCACAGAUGAGAAUGGAAUCAGGAGUAUACCUCUGCGCACACAUUCCCUGCACCAGCCAUACCUGGAUUCAGACAUGCAAAGUCGGUGGUUCGACUUUGGGGGAAAUACAAUAGUGCGCGCAGAUCAAUACAUACGGCUCACCUCAGACCGACCCUCACAAGAAGGAUGGAUCUUCUCUCGUGUCCCAUUGACAGCGACAAAUUGGGAAAUCCAAGUCGAGUUCAAGAUUCAGGGGAAUGGCAACCUUCAUGGAGACGGUUUCGCUAUGUGGCUAACCAAGCAGAGAGCAACACCCGGCCCAGUCUUUGGUAGCACCGACCGUUUUGAAGGUUUGGGAAUCUUCUUCGAUACCUACAAGAACAACCGCCCGGGAACUGUCUUCCCGUAUGUGAUGGCUAUGGUGGGAGAUGGCACCAAGACCUACGACAAGUCCAACGAUGGCAAGGACAACGAAUUCAUGGGAUGUUCUGCUCGAGGAAUUCGUGGUGCAAGCAUCCCAACAAAGGCCAAGCUCACAUAUUUCCAAGACAAGAGUUUGAAGUUGGAGUUGCAAUACAAGGUCGAAGAUCAAUGGGAAUUAUGUUUUGAGACGAAUGAGCCACCUACGAUUCCCAGCGUUGCGUACUUGGGCUUCUCAGCCGAGACGGGAGAAUUGAGCGACAAUCAUGAUAUUAUCAGUGUUGCCACCAAGAAUCUCUAUGAUACGAAGGGCAGACAGGAUACAUCAUCGAAAUCUGGACCUGGUGGCAAGAUUGCCUCAACUGGAUCUGGAAGAGGGGUCAAGAAGCAGGGUGGUAGCUGGGCAUGGUUUUUCGUCAAGAUAAUGUUCUUCUUCGUCGUGCUAGGUGGUGGCUACGUAGGAUACACAGCUUGGAGGUCGCAAAAACGAAGCCACAGAUUCUGAAUGGAAAUCUGUAAAUGAGACUGGACAGGAGGUCGAGUUGGCGACACGGGCCUCGAAUCACAACCAGAACUGAGAGGAAUGGAGACAAUUCGAUGAUUUGAUACGAGGAAGGAAUGAUUGCAUAUUUGGGCCGGGAGCGUAAAUACCACUACAAAUUA